GAAGGCGACUUCGGGAAGGCUGUCAGUUGCUAGUAAACGUUCGCAGCGUCCGAACCCGGCUGACCCGUGGCGCCUCGCACUCUGCCUAACGCUCCGACAUAAACUAUACCGCGCGACACCGGCUUUUAAAUAAGUGAUAACUUUUCGCAGACUUUUCUCUCCGUUUGUGAUUAAUUAUUUUUGCAACUUCCAAAACAAUUCGUGACUUUUAAUGUGAACUUUGCAAGAUGAAACUUUUAAAUAAUUGAAGUGCCAGUAAUAGUGAAUGCCGGCCGGACUUUGAGGUUUCGUUGAUUGCUUCAAGGCGCUGUUGAAACGCGGUGUCCGCUAUCAGGCGGCUGGUGAUUGUUUACAGCGCGCACGUGGUCUAGUCACACGCCCGCGCGCUGAAAUGCCGCGAAAAACUUUCUUCGGAAACACAGCGCUAGUAUAAAUAAGUUCAGCCGUGAGGGGAGACGCGCCGAUCGCGACCAUGACUUUAACCUGUAGCGCUUGAUUCAGCGUAAACUACAUGUACGUCGCCACGAGGAGUGCCGUUUUUUUAUUAUUUUUUUUUCGUUGGAGGAGACGGUGUGCUCCAUUGGACUGAUGAUAAAUGGCUAACAAUAGUAACGCUGUGUCGUCAACCUUACCUUCUAGGGACUAUCAUUGUAAGGUUUGCGAUCUUUAUUUGGACACCCUUGAUUCGCUUGAAGUGCAUCUUCAGUAUCACAAAGAAAAUUUGUAUGUAAAGUGGGGCACUCAAAACUCUCAGAAUGAUACCGAAAACAAUAACGGAUCAAAAGUGACGACAACCACGACCGUAUCGGCUCCGGCCGACUCGAGCGACAACAUGAUCACGAAGCCGAGCCCGGAGUUCCAGCAGCGGGCCACGCCGGAGACUUCAGGGCAGUUCCCGCAUCCGGCGACACCGCAGAGCUACCACAGUGCACCGUCGCCCUAUCAAAAUCCUGAUCAAACAAACUUCUCACCGAGCGCUCAGUACGGUAACAAUUAUACACAUUCUGGUUUUCCACAAAAUCCUGAUCAACUUAACUGGGAUCAGUCGCAGUAUGGCCAAGAAUACAAAAAUAGCCGUUUUCAUCCUUAUAAACUGCAAGAUCGAGUUUCACAAGUAUCAUCGUCAAGUCCACUGUAUGGACAGCCGUUGAAUCAGCCAACACCAUCACCUUCGCCUAAUCAAUGUGAUAAAUGUGGGUUUGUAUGCGAUUCUGCCGUACAACUAAAUGAGCAUUGUAAUACGGCUCAUGCUGGCACCAGUUCUAAUCCUGUUACUGCCUCAAUGCCAUUCCAACAAUUUCCUGGUAAACAAUACAACAAUUCUAGCUAUGCUACUGAAAGCGUUAAGAUAAAAGAGGAGCACGAAGAAUCAUCCGAUAUUCUAGAUCUAGAUUCACAAAAAGUUGUAUAUCAAGGCAAUGAAGGCGAACAGCAGAACGUGUCCUAUGACGACGCUCCUCAAGCAAGAGACGUUAACACUCGCACAGUUCCAAUGAUGCCAUGGGAAGCGCAAAAGCUGUAUACCAAUCCUCAACUGAAUGGCGAUGUCUCACUAUUCAAAGACCAAAAGAUGUAUGCUGAGCAAAAAACGUACUCCGCCGAGGGUAAAAUGUUUCACCCCGAACAAAAAUUUGCAUACUCGCAAGAUAAGUUUCUCAGUGUUCAUCAUGAUCAAAAGCCAUUCAUGCACGUCGAUCAGAAAAACUAUCCGGGCGUUCAGAUGCCUCCACUUGUUGAUUACCAAGGGCCUGUAGCAACAACUAACCCUGACAUGAAACCUCCAUAUAGGCCCUACGAUUCCCCAGCAGUGCCACAAAUUACUAGUACUCAACCGGCUAAUUCAACAUCGUCAAAUCUACCAACAAUUGGUGGAAAAGGAGCCAACUGGAAAUCAAAUGAAGCAAGAAGACCUAAAACAUACAAUUGCACGGCUUGCAAUAAGUGGUUCACUAGCUCUGGGCAUUUAAAAAGACAUUAUAACACCACUCUUCACAAAAAUGCUGUUAGGUCAUCAGGUCAACCGGACCCAGCAACAAUGCCUAUAUCCAGUCAUCACCAUCCAAGCCGUGACGCAAUACAGAAUCGCGCACAGCAACAGAAUGCUGAUUCUAAUACGCAGAGUCCUGUCCCUUCAGAAGACGGUCGAAGCGUCGACGAGAGUGCCAUGCAGUCGCCAUAUGCUUCACAGAACUUUGAUCGGGCGCAUCGCGUUGCAUCAAUGCAGUCGAAGUCACCAUACACUCAUCUUCAACAGGGUAAUUUAGAUAAUAAUUUCAGUAAUAAUCCUUUAGCUAAUCACCCUUUACAACAUCAAGUUGGUUCACACCCUCUUAAUAUAGGUAGUCAACCGCCAGGUAUAGGGAUUUCUAAUGAUAAUGGUCAUCAGGGGUCAAAAGGUGUAGCAAUAUCUACCGCUGGCAAUCCCCCAAACGGGGAAGCAGGUCCCUCUGUUUCUCAAAAUCACCAUAUGAGGGGCCUGCUAUCAGUGUCAACCAGCAAUAUUUCAACUCAACCACUAACGCAGAGUACGCCGGCGCUUACGGCCCACACGCUGCCUCCGUUCAGUCAUUUGGGUGUCAACCCGUACAGCCCGAGGUCUACGGAUCCUUUGGGGCCUUCAGUGCCGGACCCCACGCACACCCCAUUAUAUUUGGGUCAGAAUUUUCAACAGACUAUAGCACCGAGUUACCCAAACGGGAUGGCCCCCCACGUUAUGGAUAUGGCUAUCAACAAUCUGCCUAUAGCCAAUCCGGCUAUUUUUGGUGAAUGUGCACCAGAUAAUGCCGAGGUUAUGGAACAAGAAACGUCGAAUCAGCCCAAUGGCGGACGGUUGCCCAGUUUUGCGCAACUGCAGGCACAGGGUUUCAGCGUUUACGUUUCAAACUAUAUCACACAGCCUAACGUGGGGGGUCAAGUAGUCGCUGACGAGUCUGCUGCCGGUUACAUUAUUAUGAAUCCGGUGAACUCGCCCGUGCAAUACAAUAAUAAUGAAAUAUGCGGACAUAAUAUGGAAUAUGAGUAUAGUCUGUCUCCUGGUAGUGUUAAGGAGGCAACCGUAACUUAUAGUCCGGAAAAUGUCAAAGUCUAUUCAUAUGGAUACGCAGUAGGCGGUAAAACAAUAAAACGAGGAGAUGACGUUUUAGGAUUGGAUAUAAGCGAGCUUCAAAUACUUAAAAUAGAGGAUAUAAUGGACUAUGCGAAUAAAGAGAAUUAUGGUUCUCAAAUGAAAUCUCCCGCGAGCCCUGAGAGCGCUAAAGCCGAAAACGAAAGCAGUGGCUCUCCGGCUGUGUCAUCCACGGUACCGAGUACGCCGCUAACUGAGAGAAAUCAAAUGAAGAAGUCUUUCUCAAUGCCGGUUCACAAAUGUUAUGAAUGCGAUAAAUUGUUUAACAAGGCCUGCUACCUAACGCAACACAACAAAACCUUUCAUUCGGGAGCAAAACCAUUUAAAUGUGACCGAUGCGGCAAGCGCUUCUCUGAUGACGUCUCAUAUGAAGGGCAUUACAUUAAACACACUGAAAACAAACCCUUCAAAUGUAGUGAGUGUCCUAAGUCAUUCAACCACAAAACAGACUUGCGCAGACACAUGUGUUUGCACUCUGACUGCAAGCCGUUCGCGUGUGACCACUGCGGCAAAGGUUUCAUUAGAAAAGACCACAUGGUAAAACACUUUGACACUCAUCUUAAGAAAAAUUCGCGUUCUUCGUCAUCGACUUCGUUGUCCUGGUCGAGGGCGGUCAAGGCGUCGACGUCUCCUACGUCUACGACGCAAACGCUCCACACUCUUUAGAUCAUUCAUUUAAAGACGAAGAAACGCUUCAACAUAUCAUUAAAAAUGAAAUGAAUCGCAAUAAUUUUUGUUUACAUAGGUUCAUAGUUGAUAUCUUAAUAAAGUUGAAACUUAAGUUACAAAAUACGUUAGAAUAUUUAGCCGUUAUGUGUACGAAAACAAGUUUACAAGCGGACUACUACAAAAAUAAUAAAACAAAAAAAAAAAACGUUAAAAAGGCUACUUUUGUUCAUGUGUCUAAAUCUCGUAAUACACAUGCAGAUUUAGGUCAAACUUUUGCCGGGUGUAAGUGUAUGCACACAUUGGUGUGCAUUAAGUUUGGCAGCAUGUUUUUUGUUGUUCAUUGGAUCUGACCUUGUGUCCGGCGCAAGGUGACUUUAUGUUUGAGUGUCUGGCCACUAAUAAAACAUAUAAUUACAUGACGUUAGUGUAAUUCUGAGAUAUCGUUUGGACCGAACCAUAUCAUUUAACAUAUUGAUAUACGGAAAAAAGUAUAUAGGAAUAAUUAGUUAAUGAGUCUGCUAGCAUCGUGGAUCAUCGAGUACGGCGGAUGCCACAAGUAAUUCAUAUCUUACUUCUAUUGUAUAAUAUUAACAAACUUAGAAUGUUUUUUUAUUUUUAUUUUAGUUAAAUUUCUAUUUUGAUCGUAUUGAUUGUUAACGUUUAAGAAACAUGUAUUUUGACAAAGUAAUUAAAAUAAUUUUUGUAAAUAUCAAAAGGGACUUGAUGCCAGACGUUUAUUUGUGUAGUUAUGUCAAAAAAAAAAAAAAAAAACUAUAGACUUAAUUAUUAUAUUGAAAGGACAAAAUAUAGUGACUUAACGAAAACUGUCGGUACAAAUAAAAGAAAAUUAUAAAUAAAUUAAUACAUAAAAUUAUCUAACUCGAAUAUAUUGCCAAGAUAUACACAUAGGUUAGUGUUAGCAAAAAUAUUUGGUGAUGAGAUUUGUGGCGAGGUUUUGGAGGUUAGUCGGAUCCGAUGCAGUCUCGAACUGAAUGUUUUCAUUUAAUAAUUUAAUGUUUGCUCAUCCGGCCAACGUUUGUUUCCAACUCAUUUGUUCCCAAUGUCAAUUUUGGUCUGAAUGUAUUCGGAGAGUUCUUAUCGUUUUGUUCGAGAAGUUAAUUAUCCUUAAUUAUAUAAGUACGUAUCCCGGUGCUUCCUUACGUGUUUUCUAUGUUAUCGUUUGUUUAACGUAGGCUAGUUACGUUAAAGUUUUCGUUUAACAUUCGUAUUCCUUCUCGUAACCGAAGUAUUUAUCCAAUAAUUUUGUUAGUUACCAGUGUGUUAUUUGAACGAAUUUAGUUUUUUAUACAUUCCUGUUCGUUAGUGGUAGGAGAGUAGUCUUCCCGAACGUUGCCAAAUUUUUUCCGCCAACUGUCUGUUGCGUUUUUUUUUUAUUGAUUUAUAUUUAAAAUUUAGUAUAAUAAUGAAAUUCAUUAGCAAUAAUUAAAAAAUAAAUAAAUGUAAAUGUUUUUUUUUUUGUAUAGUUAUUACACGGGAGUCGAGACCGGUUUGUUGACUAAACAAAUGUAAGGGAAUCAAGUAUUCUUUGUAAAUAAUAAUGUUUGUGUGAUGGAUGGAUACUGACAGUUAGACGGUACAUAUCAUGCAAGGAGGGCGAGAGGGCGCGCAGGGGUUAACGCCGUGGCUUGCACGGUCCUCAGGUUGUGAUCGGUGGUUCGCGUGAACCGCCUCAUGUGACGUGCGAACCCGACGCUCUAGUGCCUGCUUUCUGCCACUGCACAUAUCAUUCAUCGCAACCCAUUCUAACUGCCCGAUAUUCCUUUGUCAGACGUAAGCAAAGAUCGUGCAAUAUGAACAUUAUAUCGAUUUAAUUUUUGAUACUUAAUGUUUGUAUUUGAAUGUUGACUAUAUUCAGAAAUAUUUUUAUAUAAAUAGAAAUAACACAUAUGACACUGAUCUACCUCAUCAGCAACUAUUUACACGGAUAUAAAAUAUAGAACAUGUAUUUAAAAAUAUUAUCAUUUAUAUUAUAAUGCAGUAUGCAUCUGAAAAUGUUGAAUCGAUAUGGCCUACCUCUUCGAGUUGAUAUUGAUAAAUUUUAAUGAUAAAUAUAUAAUGGUUAUGCUAUAUAAUUGACGCCACUUUGUAUCAGAGCGUUCGUCGAAGCGUGCCCGCGUUUGUUCCUCAGACUUGCCAAUUAAACAAAACAAAAAACACACGCGCAGUCACGCCGGCGUUACGUUACGUAUAAAAUAAUUACGGUAUUUACAGAAGUUAUUUGUCUAGGACUGCAAAAUGUUAUAUUGUUGAAAAAAUUAUACGUAUUUUUCGCAUAUAUCAGUAAUAUUUACAGUAAACAAAAUACGAAACUAAACUACCUCAGGUAACAAGUAAUAGUACUUUUAGUGUUAGAAAUGCGGAGCGCGGUGUAGCGGGUCUCCCAAAUCUGAAUACCUCGACUUGCCUUUUGUGUUUUAAUUAAAAGAUGUUUUCUAUUUACUUUGUAUGACCCGCUAGACGCAUUCCCAUUCCAUAUAUAUAUACACAUAUAUAUUUUAGAUGGCAUGUUUGUCUCCCUUGAAUUGUUUAAAGCACACAUUAGUAGUGUCGUUUAAUAUUAAUACAAAUGUAAAUAUACAAUAACAAUAAAUUUGUUAUUAAUGAUAUUCUAUUAUUGUAUUCAUCAUUGAUUUUAAUUAUUUUCGGAUAUAGGUUAAAUUUAGUGUUUUCAAUUUAAAAAAAAAAUAUGUUAGAUCGUAAGAAAAUUAAAGAGAAUUUGUAAGAUUUUUCUUUUCUUUUUUUUAAAUUUUGUGAUGAUUAUGUAAAUGUAGUUAUUAAUUUAAAUGAUUAGUUACCAAGUGAUUUCUGUUAAAUUGAUUUUGAGUAAAAUCGGAAAAGUUAAUGAUGACAA